CGGUCAUGUGAUCAGCUGUGUCCAAUCACAGCUGAUCACAUGGGACAUGUACACUGAUCAUCAGGGCACUGAUGAUCAGUGUGCCCUGAUGAUCAGUGUAGCCCCAGAAGUGCCACAUGUCAGUGUCCAUCAGUGCCUUAUGUCAGUGCUCAUCAGUGCCACGUGCCAGUGCCCAUCAGUGCCUACCAGUGCACAUCAAUGCCACAUAUCAGUGCCCAUCUGAGCUGCCUUUCAGUGUCACCCAUCAGUGCCAGUCAGUGCCACCUAUCAAUGCCAAUCAGUACCACCUAUCAGUGCUUCCAAUCAGUGCCAUCUAUCAGUGCCAGUCAGUG